AUGUCACAUGACACCGCGACUCAUCGCGUCCCGCUUGGCAACCGCGGAAUCAACCAGGAACCCGCAGACCCUCGAAAUGCCAUGGAUCCCAUUCUCGAGGGCCUGAAUCACGCUCAGCGCGAGGCCGUGACCUCGCCUGCACCAAUUUUGCAGGUGCUUGCACCCCCGGGGUCUGGCAAAACAAAGACACUGACCGCGCGCGUCGCGUACCUGCUCUCCCACCACGGAUACUUGCCUCAAGAUGUCAUAUGUUGCACGUUCACGAUCAAGGCGAGUCGGGAGAUGCGCGAGCGUCUGGCGAAAUUAAUUGGUGAACGGUCAGAGUCGAGGCUUAUCCUGGGUACUUUUCACUCGAUUUGUCGGCGGUACUUGUGCAAGUAUGGGUAUAUGAUUGGACUUCCCAAGGGAUUUGGGAUUGCGGAUUCAGACGAUAGUCGAGCGAUUCUUCGGAGAAUCAUCAAGCGCCUGAAUUCUAGCAUGGAAAUCAAGGCUGCUCAAGGGCGUAUUUCGCGCCACAAGGCCCACGGGCUCACUCCGGAUGCGCUGGCAGAUCAAGCCAAAGCAGAAGAAAUGGAGCUGGUCGAUAUAUACCGUGCUUACGACAUUGCCUUGACGGCGUCAAACCUCCUCGACUAUGACGAUUUGCUUUUACGAUGCGGUGACCUUCUCAGAGAGCACCCGGAAUGUGUAUCGAACGUGCAAGCUGUGCUUGUGGACGAAUUUCAAGACACCAACAUCAUCCAGUAUGAGUUGAUGAAUCUCUUUGCGGCCAAAAACCGCCGUAUCACCAUCGUCGGUGACCCCGACCAGAGUAUCUACGGCUUCCGAUCAGCGGAGAUCCAGAAUCUUCGGCGAAUGCAGCGACGGUACCCGAACACGUCGACAAUCUUUCUGGAAUCGAACUAUCGCUCCUCGGCCUCCAUCCUCAACUCCGCCCAGGAAGUGAUUGAGCAGGAUACCACGCGGCCGGAUAAGAAGCUGCAGCCUACGCAUUCCUUCGGUACUUUGCCUGUCCUUCGAAAGCUUCCCAGUGCGAAUGCGGAGGCUCUUUGGAUGGUACUCGAGAUCAAGCGAUGUAUCGCGAUGACGGGUGGUGUUGUGCGAAUGUCCGACAUUGCCGUGUUGCUUAGAUCUGCUUCGCUCUCCACGCGUAUCGAAACGGCAUUUGGACGAGCCGGUAUCCCCUAUAAGAUGGUGGGAGGACGGAAAUUCUUUGACCGAACAGAAGUCAAAACGCUCCUCAAUUACCUUCGGGUCGUGAGUCAUACGGGCCACAAUGAUGCACUGCUCGGUAUUAUCAACGUGCCGCCGCGCAGGAUUGGCGACGAAACUAUCAAGCAAUUGACGGGCGGUGCCGAGAAGGCCCAAGUUCCUUUGUGGACGUUUAUCAAAGAUGUCAUCCAGGGACGUCGAUCGACUGAGAGGAAGCUGCAGAAGGCAGCUGAGUUGGGACUUUGUUCUCUGGUGAAAAUGAUCGACGCCUCCAAGCAAAAAUUGCAAGACUGUCAAGACGCGUCUGCUCCUCGUGUGCUUCUCGAGUACAUCACGGAAAGCCUUUCAUUCCAGGAGUAUCUCAUUCGAACCUAUCCUCUUGAUGAAGACGGUCGCUGGGCGAACGUGAAAGAAUUGAUGGGCCAGGCCAACGAGAUUGCCCUCUCCGGCAAGGAGGCCGACCAAGAAAACGAUCUGCCUGAAAUCGAAGGCAUUGAGCAGCAAGAAAUACACGCAGGCGAAGAGGCUCUGUCUCGUUUCCUAGCGAAUAUUGCCCUGUCCACCGAGGCCACAAACCAAAAUGAGGGCAAAGAAGGUGAGCAAGCGCCUGAAACCGUCACAAUUUCCACCAUCCACGCCGCAAAAGGUUUGGAAUGGCCCGUUGUCUUUAUCCCCGCGGUAUACAAUGGCAGCAUUCCACACUCACGAGCAGAGGUGAUUGAUGAAGAGCGACGUCUGCUCUAUGUCGCAAUGACCAGAGCCCAGGCUCUCUUGUAUCUGAGUCUUCCUCUGCGCCAGCCUCGCAUUGGCGAAGGAGAGGACGCAUCCACCACUCUGACACCGUUUCUUCCUCCCAGGGUCACGACGACGCAUUUUCGUCCGAAAGGGCCCAAUCUGCAAGAGAAAGUGGUGUAUUCAAUUGCCGAUAUUUUACGACGGCCGCGGCCAUCGCCCGCGGAAAUGUAUAGGGCGCUCGAUUCGCUUCCAUCGACACUCGAUGAUAGGUGGACGGCCGAAGGUGAGGAAAAACGCGAUCUCGAUAGUCAGUGGGACCGCCGUGACGAUUCGGCGGAAGGGCCAUAUCCUAAACGACGACGAGCCGAUGGCAAUCAAUCUACCUCGACUACAUUCAUGUCAGCUGGCGUUUACAACAUGAGCAACCCAUCGAGCUUCAUUGUCCCUACAACCAUGUCCUCUGGGGGCUUUUUGUCGGCUCGGGACUAUGCUGCUAGUUCAACUGCCAACCAGGAUGCUGCUACGGAGAUCUCAUCUGUUCCUUCCAAGGAAUCCGCACCUGUUGUUGACAAGGCCAAAAACGUGAAUAGCAAAGACGGACUUACUCAAGCCAGUAUUUCGAACUUCUUUGGUGGCCCAGGGUCUUCCCAGAAGAAAGCAUUGCUCCCAACAAGCUGUCCACCGCAACGUCAGCCCAUGCAAUCACCACCGAACCAAAUGGUAUCACAAAACAAACGGCCAAGUUCCAAUUUCGUUCCGCCGACCCUUUCCUCCCGUCGCCUUCAGCCCCGGCCGCUUCAUCCAGCGCGGCCAGCCCUAGAACCCACCGAGCCCAGUAACUACACGUGGCUGGCGGCUCCCUCACGGCCUGCUGUGAAACCCGGCCGUAUGCGAGCAGAGCAGUCGAAUGGAGACAACAGAGCGGAGGCAAGGACCGGGCCAGGUGAAGUGAAACAGGAGCGGUCCACCCCGGGCAGCAGUCAGGGUGGCCCGGAGAGUCAGAACCCGGCCGUUCAGUCGGUCUCAUUUCAUACUACGACAAUGUCGAUGGUCCGCCAGCAAGCCCAGGUGCCGGCACGACGGACACUUGGAAUCCGGCGGAGCAUGAAUGGAUGGGAGGAGCGGAUGAAGCGGGAGGGCGGUGGCCAAGUCCGUUGA